AGAAACAUGGAGGAAAGCAUACGGUGCUCUUAAAGAUCAUACCAAAGUCGGAUUAGCCCGUGUCAAUUCUGAUUUCAAGGAUGUGGAUGUGGCGAUCGUCAAGGCUACCAAUCAUGUGGAGCAACCGCCAAAAGAGAGACACCUCAGAAGUCUGUUUCUCCCUUUUACUCUUUCUUUUUCCAUUCAGUUAUUAUCCUUUUCCCCUUGAGUUUUCUGAAUUUUCAAGGAUAAUUGGUUCAUUGGUUAUAUGUUGUGGACAUUAGGAGAUGUUGAGACUUCAGCUUAUUCAUUGCCAAGAAAAGUUUCUUAGAUUGUGGUUUAUCAACAACUUUUAAUGUUCCAAAUGGGAGACUUUGGUCUUGGGAAUUCAGAUACAGAAAUUGUUGAGGCUUUGUAUAUUUUUUCAUUGAGGGGAAGUAAAAAUUGUUUUAGUUUAAACUUUAAUGCCUUGUUGAAUGUUGAAAAUGAGAACACUAGCAGUUAUAUUAUUAGUAUCCGGAUGCUUCUUGCAGAAAUUAUGGCAGUCACAUCGGUGAUGGGGCCUCGUGUUGAUGUUGCCUACUGCGUACAUGCACUUUCGAGACGACUGGCAAAAACACACAACUGGACGGUUGCAUUGAAGACGUUAAUAGUUAUUCACAGAACACUGAGAGAAGGUGAUCCUAUAUUUAAAGUGGAACUUCUGAAUUUCCAAAAGAGAGGCCGAGUCCUCCAAAUGUCCAAUUUCAAAGAUGAUUCAAGCCCUGUUGCUUGGGAUUACUCUGCCUGGGUAAGGACAUAUGCACAGUUUCUAGAAGAACGUCUUGAAUGUUUUAGGAUUCUUGGGUAUGAUAUUGAAGCCGAACGGCUUCCUGGACCCGCACAAGGGCAAGAUAAGGGUUAUAGUAGAACUAGAGAAUUGAGUAGUGAAGAACUUCUAGUGCAGUUGCCUGCUUUACAACAACUACUCUAUCGUCUUAUUGGAUGUCAGCCUGAAGGAGUAGCAGUAGGGAACUACCUGGUUCAGUACUCUCUUGCUUUGGCACUCAAAGAGAGUUACAAAAUAUAUUGUUCCAUAAAUGAUGGGAUAAUCAAUCUUGUUGACAAGUUUUUUGAGAUGCCAAGGCAUGAAGCCGUCAAAGCGCUGGAUGUUUAUAAAAGAGCAGGGCAGCAGGCUGCUGGUCUUUCUAAUUUUUAUGAUAUUUGUAAAGGGCUUGAGCUUGCUAGAAACUUCCAGUUCCCUGUGUUGAGAGAGCCUCCACAGUCCUUUCUGGUAACGAUGGAAGAAUAUAUAAGAGAAGCUCCUAGAAUGGUUUCGGUUGCCAGUGUGGCCUUGGAAUAUCCUGAAAGGCUAUUGCUGACAUACAAGCAAGAGGAUGCUCCUCCACCUCCCGAAGAUACAAAAGAGCUGGAGGAGGAAGCCAUGCCACCACCAUCCGCCGAAGUCCCCAUCUCUGCUAAUGAGGCAGCAGUUUCUCCACAUCCACCUGCUAACUUGGAAUUUGAUGAUCUAUUGGGGUUGAACGGUACCGUGCAAGAUGCAUCUGCAAUCGAAGAAACCAAUGCGUUGGCUCUAGCUAUUGUUCCAUCUGGCACUGCAACAGUUGAACCCGAUGCCUCCCAAGCAAAAGGGUUCGAUCCUACUGGGUGGGAACUUGCGCUAGUAACGACUCCCAGCACGAGACAGGAGCGGCAAUUGGCGGGAGGACUGGAUUUACUCACACUCGACAGCUUAUACAACGAAGGCAUGUAUAGAGCAUCCCAGCAACCAGUUUAUGGUGCAGCAGCUGCUCCAAAUCCGUUUGAAGCUAGCGAUCCAUUCGCAAUGUCGAACAGUGCUCCUAUGCAUCCAGCAGCAGCUCAAAUGGCAGCUAUACCUCAAAAUCAUAACAAUCCAUUUCAAUAUGGGUAUCCGCAAACACAACAGCAUCAACAUCUCCUGAUGGGCCAACAAAAUCCUUUUGGUGAGACGGGUUUCGAAGCGUUUCCUGCUGCAUAUCAUCAAACUACUAAUCCAUUUGGGGGUAGUGGUCUUUUAUAAAAGAAGUUAUAUCGUCACAUAGAAUGCAAUUUGUUAGGUUCAUUGAUAUUGAUAGAGAAUGAAAUUGUAAUAGUUUGCAAGUUGUGUAUACAUGUGUUGAGAGAGAUGCAGUUAUUUGUUUGUAUUUAAGGUGAAGUUGACCAUAUAUUUGAAUGAAUGAAAAUUAAACGAAA